CUAAGUGCAGCAAUUGCCACCGCUGGUUUGUAGGGGUUAGGGUUGAAUUGGAAGUGGACGAGACCUUCUGGGAAUACAAACACGUCACCCUUGUUAAGCACCUUCGACAAGAACUUGUUGUCUGGGUUGGAUGUGACAAAGCCGACAUAAAGGGUCCCUUCAAGCACGGUGAGGAUCUCAGUGGCACGCGGGUGAGUGUGCGGUGGGUUCUCGCCUAGAGGUGCAUAGUCGAUGCGCGCAAGGGAGAUGCCCAAUGUGUUGAGGCCAGGAAUCCGCAUUACAUUGAUCAAAGUGACAUUGGACCCAACUUUGUUCGCCUUUGUGUCUCUCGGCAUGUCGAGUUUGGCCGCCAAGAACAAGUCUUCGGCCUUCACAUCCUUUGGGUCUUUACAGACAAAUCCAUUAACUAGAACUGCAAAAGAUUGGACAUAUGUUCAUGAUCAGCUGACUCGAAAGGCUUCGGAACUGAAAACAUGCUAGUUAAAUAUUUAUGCCAUAAGAACCAUGUGCCCGAAUACUAAGAGCUUCUUGAUCUUCACCAAGUGUUGAAAAUACAUACCAUGUGAGCUGUUCUCGGCGACGCAGAAGUCCUGGAGAGGGCUCGGAUCAGAAGCCAUGGUCUGCCAUGAGGCCAAUGCAAGAAGGGCGAUGACAAGGAAAUAGGAAGAGGAGGCCAUUUGAGUUUUUCGUUUCUCAAAGCAACUGUCUUUUUUGGCUUCGUUGUGUUGUGUGGCUUGGCUUUUGGAAGGCUAUAUAUUUAUAGCAGCAGAAAGAGAAGGUGAUUCUGUGAAACAGUCAACGCAAAGCAUAUGUAUGCUUGGCCAGAUAGAAAUGGUCAUUAGUUAUUUAAUCGGCACACGCGGACUAAAUGUAUGCCAUGAAUCAAUCAACUUUUAGGAAGUUUCCUCGUAUGGUGUAUACUAUAGCUAAGAAAACUAACCUGACGUGGUCAUAAAAAAAUGUUGGUCUGAGGUGAUAAAUCAUGAUGGAUGGAUUACACGUCUUUGAAAGGGUAUGUCACUGUCAUGCAUGACGUAGGAUGUAGCUAGCUAAUUGAUGAGCAUUUCUUCCCGUUGAAUUUAUGGCGUAAUGUAGCCUUACCUGGUCGCCUCCUUGUUGCCUGUUGCUAUCGACAGUUAAUUACCUGUACACACAAGCUUGCAUUAGCACACAGGAGAACCGGCCAGCCAGAGUAACCGCGUUUUCAGAAAUAUUAAUUUUAGAACACAUGGGCUGCUCUGCAAGAGAGAGGCCAUGUCAAUCGUCAACUGUGUCAACUGCAGGCGAGCUAUAUAUAUCCAUGCCUACUUCCUACAUGGCCAAAGAACCAGCUACCACUCCAUAGAUACUAAUCAAACACACAAAGCUAGCUAAGAGAUUGACGCUUAGACAGCAUCGAUUUCUCCGGCAGAAAAAAUGGCCUCCUCCAGCUUCCUUCUCUUCACUGCUAUUCUUGCAUUGGUCUCAUGGCAGGCUUUAGCUUCUGAUCCUGGUCCUCUCCAAGACUUUUGUGUUGCGGACAAUAGCUCGCGUGUACUUGUUAAUGGAUUCGUCUGUAAGGACCCAAAAGCCGUGACGGCGGAGGACUUCUUCCUGGCGGCCAAGCUCGACAUGCCGAGAGACACAAAGAUGAGCAAGGUUGGGUCCAACGUGACCUUGGUUAACGUCAUGAAGAUUGCUGGCCUCAACACGCUUGGCAUCUCCCUCGCACGCAUCGACUACGCGCCCCUAGGCGAGAACCCUCCGCACACACACCCCCGUGCCACUGAGAUCCUCACCGUGCUUGAGGGUACGCUCUACGUCGGCUUCGUCACGUCCAACCCGGAAAACAAGCUCUUCUCCAAGGAGCUCAGGAAGGGUGAGGUGUUUGUUUUCCCACAAGGACUCAUCCACUUCCAGUUUAACCCCAACCCCUACAAGCCGGCGGUCGCAAUUGCCGCACUUAGCAGCCAGAACCCGGGGGCAAUUAGCAUUGCCAACGCCGUAUUUGGAUCAAAGCCUAUGAUCUCUGAUGAUGUUCUCGCCAAGGCCUUUCAGGUGGAGAAGAAAACUGUGGACUGGCUCCAAGCUCAGUUCUGGGCCGACAACCACAAUUAAUUUUGUGUUGCAAUGGUCGCUAGGAUUUGACAACAAAAUUUUAUUCUUUGUGAUUGUAAUUGUUUGGGUCAAACAUGAAUAAAAUAAUAUUCUAUUUUGCAUUGCUCUAAACAACAAGUGUUCAUGAUUCUAGAGCCAUCAAAUGGUCCAGGACAAGCUCUAAUUUCUUUGGAAUCAUGAGUGUUGGAUGUCUCGCGCCCCUAGCUUAUUACAUGCAGAUACUAGUUGGGAAGUACCCCUGCUAAAGAAAUUUAUGUAUGGUUCUUAGCUAAAUUAGGUUUGAGAGGGGCUAAUGGUUAUCUGUUGUGUAGCUUGCCGUGAAAAAUGUAAGAUCAUAAGAGUUAUCGUAUGUGAUUGUGAUCAAUGAUUGAUUAU